AACAACAUUUUCGGUUUGAUUUUUUUCUGGGCCAGACCUAAAAAUUUUUCGUAAUAAAACAAAUUUGUUUAACUAAAAUUAAUAGCACGGCGUUAAUAUGUUUACACGAAGUGCGUGCAUUAGGGCCUGCAAUUCGUGCAUGCAGCCCGUGAUCACGUUGAACUUUAGCUCCUUGCUAUAUAAAGGCCUGGCGCAGACGAUUGGCAACUGGCAAAUUAAAACACGUAAUAUGUCUAUAGGUCAGAAUAGCGACAGGAAAAAGAAGCCCUACGCACAUUCAGCGAAAAUGAAAGUGAGCAUUCGCCGACACAAUAAGAUAUCGUCAGACGAGAAUCGGUUAAGUUCUAAUCAGAAAAAUAAGCUGAAAACGCAAUGCAAGAUAUUGGCUAGGAAAUUUAAGCUUGCUUGCCAGCGCUUGGUGGUCGAAGAGUUUGGCGCCGAGAAUUUAAAAGAGGACGAUAAAAAGAAAAUUUCGACAACAUGCCAGGAAUUAGCCGAACAAGAAAAGUGUCAACUGCUGGAAGAGCUCGAAAAUCUGAGAGCUCAAUGCGAAACUUUGGGCAAACAGGAGCAUCCUAACAAAUUGGCCGAGCUAGAAAAACUAAACAAUGAAGCGACCGCUCUAGGUGAGUUAUGCACAGAAUUAUAUCAGCAACAGGAGAGCUAUAAGUUGGCGGAUGAAGAACUUAAGAAAGAGGAAAGCGAGCAGCUUCAAGAACCUACGAAAAAAAAAACACGAAAGAUGGAUAAAGGGGCGAUGUUGGAGAAACACAAAAAGCAACAACAGAAGCUUAAAAAACUAUCCAAGGAAUUGGCCCAGAAAGAAAUAUGUGCUAAGCUGGAAAAACAAUCGCAGCAAUCUAAAAAGUCGGCCGAAGAGGCAAAAGCUAAGUCUGAGAAAAGCAAAACUAAUUCAAAGCAGAAAAGCAAUGAAAAACCUAAUAAAAAAGAGCAGCUUGAUGAACAGAAUAAGAAUAUGGCCCAGAAGAACGAACAGAAGGGAAAGCAAAGCCAGGGGCAGACCGAAAAAGAUAACUGCGAGGAAUCGGCCAAGUUAAACAAAUUGAGAAUGGAGAAGGAGCAGUUCGAGAGGCAGUGUAAGAUAUUGGAAAAGCUGGAAGAGCUAAAGGAACAGUGCAGAAUAAUGGCUGAAAAAGCGAAAUGUAACUCCAAAAAUGAGAAAUCUGGUGAAGACGCAGAAAAUUCUGAGAAGCAAGGCACGGCUGUUGGAGAAGAGCAAAAAUGCAAAGAAAUGGCAGAAAAAGAAAAAUGUGCUAAGUUAGCUAACCAAGAAAAAGAAAAGAAAGAAAAGGAAGCUCAGGCGAAUAAAUGCAAAGAAAUGGCAGAAAAAGAAAAAUGUGCUAAGUUAGCUAACCAAGAAAAAGAAAAAGCUCAGGCGAAUAAAUGCAAGGAAAUGGCGGAAAAAGAAAAAUGUGCUAAGUUAGCUAACCAAGAAAAGGAAAAAGAAAAGGAAGCUCAGGCGAAUAAAUGCAACGAAAUGGCUGAAAAAGAAAAAUGUGCUAAAUUAGCUAACCAAGAAAAGGAAAAAGAAAAGGAAGCUCAGGCGAAGACAAAUAUAUAUACAAAUAUAUAUGACAAGCUUAAGUCCAUAAAACCGUCAUUUUUUCCUCGGAAUUUUCAGGUAUUUCAUGCUAUCAAGGAUGUCAUUGAGUAUGCCUAUGGACUGGUCUGUUUCAGCUGA